AUGGCUGCACAGUGCUGCCUGUCAUUCCUGGCACUGCUGGCUCAGCCGCGCUUCUACCCGCGCUACGUGCUGCCGCUCGCUUUCGGCAAGUACUUCGCGUCGGUGUCGGCGCACGUCAGCAUCUGGAAGGUGCCCGUGUCCUAUGCGCACACUGUCAAGGCCACCAUGCCCAUCUGGGUGGUCCUCCUGUCCCGGAUCAUCAUGAAGGAGAAGCAGAGCACCAAGGUGUACCUGUCGCUCAUCCCCAUCAUUGGUGGCGUCCUGCUGGCCACCGUCACCGAGCUGUCCUUCGACGUGUGGGGGCUGGUCAGCGCCCUGGCGGCCACCCUGUGCUUCUCGCUGCAGAACAUCUUCUCCAAGAAGGUGCUGAGAGACUCCCGCAUCCACCAUCUCCGGCUGCUCAACAUCCUGGGCUGCCACGCCGUGUUCUUCAUGAUCCCCACGUGGGUGCUGGUGGACCUCUCGGCGUUCCUCAUCAACGGCGACCUGAUCUCCCUGUCCCAGUGGCCCUGGACGCUCCUGCUCCUGGCUGUCAGUGGCUUCUGCAACUUCGCGCAGAACGUCAUCGCCUUCACCAUCCUCAACCUCAUCAGCCCGCUCAGCUACUCCGUCGCCAACGCCACCAAGAGGAUCAUGGUCAUCACCGUGUCCCUGGUCAUGCUGCGCAACCCCGUCACCAGCACCAACGUGCUGGGCAUGCUGACCGCCAUCCUGGGUGUCUUCCUGUAUAACAAGACCAAGUACGAUGCAAACCAGCAGGCCAAGAAGCACCUGCUGCCCGUGUCCACGGCGGACCUAGGUGGCAGGGAGCGGCCCCACAAUGGCGUCCUGUUGCCCCCACAUGGGGACCUGCAGUACAGCCGCAGCAGCGUCCUCACAGAUCACUUUCAGUACGGCCGGCCCGGCCAGCCCCACUCCUACACCUUGAACCGCUACGACGUGUAGCGCCCGGGAGACCGGGCAGCCGGCCCGCACCCCAGCGGAAUCAGACACUCCUGACACCAGCUAUGCCUGGUGGCCGAGGGACAGGGCGUGGCCUGCUGGGGAGACCCUGCUGUCUGCCAGGGGCCGGACAGGGUCCUCGCCGCUGCAGAAGUACCUUCCCUGCCCUGUUCAGCUUCUCGCCACAGUGGGUAGCACUGGGCACAGGAGAAGCUGGCUUGAUGCGGACCCUGCCUGCCUGGGCGGCCAAGAGGGGCCCGCGGUGACGGGGGCAUGGCUGACGGGAGCAGCUGGAGGGUAACAGGCCGCUCCCAAUCACGGGCCACAGGGAUAGCAGGUGGAGAUGGGGCCUCGGCCCCGGCUGACCGAGAUCAGGGUUUGUAGGGAGCCGGGCAGCAAAGCCUGAAUGAGGAGCUGGCAGGGCCAGGGCGGGAGGCACUGUCCCCCCUCAGCCUUCUGACCCUUUGCUGAGCAGGGCGUCCUUCAGGCUGCCAUGGGCUCCGGUGCACCCAGGCCAGUGCGUCUCCCUCCAGGCUGUCUGUGCUGUCCCCGGGUGAGGACCUACAGGCCAUGCAGCAGGGACACUUGGUCCCUCACGGACCUGGACAGUGUCCUGCAGUCGCGGGGAUGUCCACCCUGGUCCGCACCAGGAGAGAGUAGGCCUGGCUCUCGGAUCGGAAGCUGCUUUCUUAAACGGUGAGAGGGUCCCUCCCAGCAAAUCCCUGACCAUACACUGGGGACCAGCAGGUCGUUUCUGUGACCCCACGGCUGAUGACGAGAGCCCAGAGUGGGGCGUCAUCCCCGAGGCCAGCUCCGCCUCCCGCCGCUUCUGUGCUGUUUAUGUUAGGACCUGAUCGAGUCCUGCUAGAACAAAGGGAACACCACGCUGUGGCCCACGCUCUAGUCCCGGCUGCUGUGAAGGCCAAGGCGGCCAUCGCCUAGCACCAUCACAGACCCCAUCUCCAAAAAGAAAUGGGCCUUGGUGCGGCAGAACUACAGGACCUCAUGUGGCUGCAGCAGCCAGGUGUGGGCUGUCCCCAGGAAGGAGCUGUCCCUGUGGAGGGGACCCCUGGUUUGGCUGUGUUCUUCCCUUGGCCACGUGGGACAGCGCUUCUGGUGAGCGUGGUGAUUUCCGGUCAGAGAGGACACGUGGCUGGCACUGGGCUCCUGGGUUUUGUGCGGUUUUCUUGCUUCUGAUAGUUGGACUUUUUGGACUUCAGAAGUCAGUUUGUCAGCUCGCAAAUGGAUGGCUUUCCUGCUUGUCUGGGAGCAGCCUGGUGUCUGGCAGUGGUCUGUGUGCUUUAGAGAUAUUUUGGCCUCUGGUUUAGAGAAAGCUGCCGUGAAAAUUGGGAAGAAAUGGCAGGUGUGUCGGCGCAUGCCUCUCAUUCCUGCACUUGGGAGGCUGAGGCAGGAGGAUCACAGGUCUGAGGCCAGCUUGGGCAGCUUAGCGAGACGGUCUUGAAAUCAAAAGGGCUGGGAGCAGCUCAGUGCCACCAGCACUGCAGAAAGCAGGGAAGCAGCAAGGUGGACGAGCAGGGUUUACAAAGACCGAGCUGAAGCCAGUGUGGUGGUGCCUGCCUGUCAUCCCAGCCCUGAGGCUGAGGCAGGAAGAUCCACGUGAGUAAG